AUGGCUCUUUCACACGCCUUCCCGGGGCCCGGCCCAUCACAAGGGCACAUAGUACAAGGCUUUGAUUUAACACAGGAUGACGAUGGUGAGGAGGAUACGAUAGACGCCUUGGAGUUGGUCGGCUCCUUCCGAACCAAAGUUGUUGGCGUCCGUUACUAUAAUGGAGAGGCAAACAAGGACGAGAUGGUCCUACUGGUACGGGAGCCCAACAACCCAUAUGACAGAUGGGCAAUCAGGGUUGACAACGUGCGGGGAGAAAAGAUUGGCCACAUUUCCCGCGAGCAAGCAGCGGUGAUGUCACCCUUAAUCGACCGGGGCCAGCUCCGCAUUGAAGGUCUCGUGCAAGGCGCCAAAGGUGCCUUCACGAUGCCCAUCGACUUAUUUUGUUUCACCUCGCCCGCUGACGGGGAGGCGGUCGCCAAGCGUCUGCGCGGCGGCGGCAUCUUGCUGGUCAGGAGUCAAGGCGGCCGCGGCGGACCGAGCGGUGCCGGACAGGCACAAGGCAGCGCGGCAGGCACAAGGCCCAUGACGCAGUCGGAGCUGGACACGUCCCUGGAGCGUAUGUUCGACGAGGUGCACACCACCGGCGCCCUCCAGCCCGCCAUGGAACCUGACGGGGAGGUGCUGUCGCGUCUGUAUCCUCACCAACGUGUGGCGCUGGCUUGGAUGGUGACCCGCGAGAACGACUGCGGUUUGCCGCCGUUUUGGGAGGAGCAGCGGCCGCGCGGCGGCGGCGGUGUGCGCUAUCUCAACACGCUGACAAACUUCUCGGUUUCGGAGAAGCCACAGCCGCUUCGAGGAGGCAUUCUUGCGGAUGACAUGGGCCUGGGUAUGUGGCUUGGACGGGGCCGGGUAAAUAUUGACGAGACCGACCGAUGCCGACCUGCUGGCAUGCGUGCGAUUUCUGAAAUUUGUGGAAAAACCCUGACCCUGAUUUCGCUCAUCGCGACCAAUCGGCCGGGCGUGCAGCUGCCCCCUUUCCAGAUGAUCAGUCUUGGUGGGGAAGACAACGACGGCAGCAGCGGCGGCGGCGGCGCUGCAGCAGCCACUGCAAUGGCGGUCGCGGCGGCAGCAGUGCCGCCGCCGCUGCAACAGCAGCCAGUGGCGGCGGUUGUGGCAGUAGCAGGGAAGCGGGGCAGGAACCGCAAGGCCCGCGAGGCUGCCGCAGCCGAUGCUGACGAGGACGACAUGCCGCAGCCGAAGCGCCGAAAGAUUCAGGAGCACACCGCGGGGAACCUGAAGGUUUAUCAGUACCACGGUCCCGACCGCUCCCGCUCUCCCAGCUUCCUGGCCAGUCACGACGUGGUGCUGACCACGUACUCCGUGUUGGGAGGGGACCUGGCGGAUGGCCGGGGGCUGCUCAGUGUCAAGUGGCUGCGAGUGGUGCUGGACGAGGCACACGCCGUCAAGAACCCGCGGGCUAAGUGGAGCCAGGCCGCUGCCAAGCUAAAGGCGGAGCGCAAGUGGGCCGUUACCGGCACCCCCAUACAGAACCGCCUGCGCGACCUGCACGGGCUGGUGUGCUACCUGGGCCUGGAGCCGCUGCAGGAGCGCUCCAUCUUCACUCGCGUGUUGGAGCGGCCGCUCAAGGACUGCGACCCACGGGCCGUCAAGAAGCUUCAAGUGUUGAUGCGCACCAUCGCCAUGAGGCGGACCAAGGAUCUGCAGAUUAACGGCAGGCCGCUGGUGGUGCUGCCCCGCAAGACCAUCAACAUCGUCACGGUACACUUGACGAGAGAGGACCGUGUCAAGUACGACGCUCUCGAGCUGCAGGGCCGUCAGGUCAUUGCACACGCGCUGCAGUCCCAGACGUUGUUGGAGAACUACAUGAGCGUGCUGGAGAUCAUCCUGCGCCUGCGCCAGGUGGCGGAUGCGGGCUGCCUGUGCACCCGUGAUCCGCUGCCCCUUACGGAGGCAGCCGCAGCCGCAGCCGCACCAGCAGCAGCCGGGGCCCGGCAGCAGGUUGGCCCAGCCCUGACGGAUGCGGAGCGGCACAGCCUGGUGGAGCUCCUCACCGCGGGCCUGCAGGACGAUUGCCCCAUCUGCAUGGAGUCGUUGAAUCAGACGGCCUGCAUCACCCGCUGCCGCCACAUCUUCUGCAAGGCGUGCAUCGAGAACGUGAUCGCACGCGCUGCCGGCCCCGGCUGCCCCAUGUGUCGAACAAAGAUAACGAUGCUAGAUAUUGUGGAGCUGCCGCCGGAUGCAGCCACGGAGCAGCUGACGCAGGCCGGCAGUGACGUGGCUGACCCGGAGGGUGCCUCCGCCAAGGUGGCGGCGCUCAUGGCGGCACUGCGCUCAGCGGCGGCGCAGCAGCCCAUGUACGGCAGCGGCGGCCCCAUCAAGUCCGUGGUGUUCUCCCAGUUCACAGGCAUGUUGAACCUCGUGGGUCGUGCGCUGGAGGCCGCCGGAAUGCGGUACGUGCGACUGGACGGCUGCACCCCAGCCAAGGCGCGAGCGGACAUGGUCCGGGACUUUGCACGCCGAGAGCCGGACAGCCCCGUUGUGUUUCUGGUGAGCCUCAAGGCCGGCGGUGUUGGAAUGAACCUGACUGCAGCCAGUCACGUGCACCUGCUGGACCCCUGGUGGAAUCCUUCCGUGGAGGAGCAGGCCAUGGAUCGAGUCCAUCGGCUGGGCCAGACCCGUGACGUGGAGGUGUUUCGCUAUGUGGCGGCGGACACCAUCGAGGAGCGCAUGCUGCUGUUGCAGGAACGUAAGCGCGAGCUGGCCAACGCAGCGUUCGAUCGCCGGUCCGCGGAGCAGAACCGCCAGAUGCGGAUCGAUGACGUCAAGCUGCUGAUGGACCUCUGA